UAAGACCGUGUUGAUAAAAGAUCAAUAUUGUUUUUAAAAAGACAAGAUUUCCUGUAUUGUAAAAGUUUAUAAUUUAAAAAAAAAUAUUAAAACUUAGGUGAUAUUUUAGUUAGUGGGAGGAUAUUUUUUUUACAAGUAUUCAGUUGGAAAAUAUAAGGUUACGCACUGGUUAAAACAUAGCAAAACAGAAGGAAGAAGGUUGGAGUUGUUGACAUUUUGACAAUGGGCAGUACUAAAAGAAGCCGUACCGAGGAUGAAGAAAGAAAGCGUAAGAAGAAGAAGAAGCACGAGAAGAAAAAGAAGUCGAAGAAGAAACGCUCCCGGUCGUCUUCUUCUGACCGCCAAGAACGUAAAAAGAAAAAGGACAAGAAAAAAAAUCGAGACGAGCCGGUCGGACCUUUACCUCCGGCCGAGCUGGCCCUCGAGGUGAAAAAAUCCUUCGCACCUAUGACGAAAGAAGACUGGGAGAAGAAGCAGAGCGUCGUAAGGAAGGUGUACGACGAACAAUCCGGGAGGUACCGACUUGUCAAAGGUGACGGUGAAAUCAUAGAAGAAAUCGUCAGCAAAGACAGACACAAAGAAAUAAACAAGCAGGCGACACAAGGAGAUGGAGAGUAUUUUCAGUCUGUCAUUUCAAAGGGUGCCAACAAGUGAUUGCUUAAAUAUAAAUAAUACAGCAAAAAAGUAUAAAUCAUUUAGACUAUUUGUUAUAAAUAUAACGCAAAUUCGUUAAACAAUUUAUGCCAAAAAAAACUGUACUUGACAAGGUGGCAAACAAGUGUCAUUGAUUCAUAAUUAAAGUACAUUAUAUUGGUAAAAAUUCUAACAAUUUUUUUUUUAAUUGUAUUAUAAAUAACCAUUUACAACUUUUGAAUUGAAUUAAUUAAUUAUACUUUUUAUCUAAGGUCUUGUUUAAGAUGAAAAAGUUAGUGUCAUGAGCGGUAUUGAUUCCAUGACCUUUGGCUGGUAGCCUGGUAGCAGUCAUGGGUUCAGUCCCACUCGUAACACUAAUUUUUCAUCUUGACCAAGACCUUAU